AUGACCUGCAAGCUGUUCUUACAGUGCGAUAGGGCAGACGGUCUCUCCCUCUUUGACCUCACCUCUGGUGCCUCUCCUGCUCCUGCUGCUGAUGCUGACGCCACUGUUCGCUCACAGUGGGCCACGCGCGAUGCUGCUGCACGUCUUGCUGUGCGUCGCCACCUCCCUACCUCUGAGCGUGCGCACUUUAGUCAGUACAAGAGUGCUCAGACCCAUUACGACGCUGUAGUUGCACACUACUCCUCCCCUGCCACUGCUGCGCUGAGCCGUCUCAUGCUACCGUACCUCUUCCCUGACCUUGCUGCCUUUCCCACAGUCGCUGACCUCAUUACGCACCGACGCACUAGUGACACUCGCUACCGCGCUGCGCUUCCUGCUGACUUCUGCGCCAAGAACCCCCCCCCCAUGUACAUCACUCUCUACUACAUAGUCACUCGCCUCCCUGACUCCCUUCGCGUAGUCAGGGACCACUUCCUCUCAGUCUGUCCCACCACUCUCACUGUUGACCUCCUCGAGAAGGGUGUUCCCCCUCCCCCCUUCUGCCCUCUGUUGCCUCUGCUGCUGCGGCCGACCUCCUUGGUCUUGAGUCGGUCGGUGCGGCGUCUGCCCCUAGCGGGAGACGCCGCUCUGGCAGAGGCAAGGGGGGCAGGGGCACUGGAGGAGCGAGCGGGGGCGGUGGAGGUGGAGGUGGAGGCGGCGGGGGGAGUGGGGGUGGCGGUGGGAGUGGAGGUGGGGGUGGAGGUGUCGGUGGCGGCAGUGGAGGCGGAGGCGGCGGCGGCGUUGGCAGGUGGGAGCGGAGGUGGCGGAGGUGGUGGCGGUGGAGGAGGAGGCGGAGGCGGCGGUAGUAGCGGAGGCGGCGGAGGCGGCGGAGGCGGCGGGGGUGGCGGUGGAGCUGGUCGCGGGUCUACGCAGAGGAGUGGCUCCGGUGGUGGUCCGCGCCAGCAGCAGCAGCGCGGUCGUGAGACCUUGUCUCCUCAGCAGCUCCGUGAGUGGUACACUGCACGCCAUCGGGGUGGGGGCUUUGGUCCGUGCACCUACGUCCUGGGCACCGGCGACUGUGCGGGUGAGCAGUGUGGGGGUGCGCACCCCACCCAGCGCUGCUUUGGCCGCCUGACGGACGCGUGGCGUCACCAGUUCCCGGAGGCCACAGAGAUCCCUCGCUGGGGCGAGCUGUCUAGGGCGGGAGUUGCCAUCUAUGAUCUUGAUUUUGAUGCUAUCCUUUCUGCCAUGUAUGCUGUGUCUAUUAGUGAUGAGGGUGGCUGUUACCGGUGUUUCUCGCCCGACCCGGACAUUGAGACUGCUGCUCUAUGUACUGGUGAGGCUGGUUCUCUAUGUGCUAGUGAGGCUGCUGCUCUAGGUGCCAGUGCGUCAGCGUCCUCAGGUGCUGGUGAGUCUGCGCUCGCAGACCGCACCACACUCACGCCGCUUGGUCGGCCGGUUGCAGUCUCCCUGGCAGGCCCCUCUGGGGGUCCUGUCCUUUCUCACUUCUCCACUGUCCUCCCAUGUCCGGCGGCCCCCUCUGGCACCUUGUCUGGUCUUUACCUCCCCUCGUUCUCUACAAACUUGGUGAGUGGUGCUGACCUACAGGAUGCGGGGGUUCACCAGUUUACUCCUGCGAGUCAGCGGGUGACUCACUGCUCGGACGCUCGCACAGGCCGGCACCUGGCCACGUUUACUCGUCGGCCGGGGUCGAGCCUGUACACCCUGACCACUGAGUCUCCUCCUGUCCCUGCGUCUGGUCAGGUAGCUGCGUCGGGUCAGGUGGUUGCUGCAGCGUCCAGGUCUGGUCCUGAGUCUGCCCCCUGCUCGUGUCGCCUCCUGUCUCACGAGACUCUCCUCUGGCACCACCGCCUUGGUCACCCCUCCCUGCCUCGUCUCCGAGGCAUGGCCUCCCGUGUCCUUGUCUCUGGUCUUCCCCGGUCCCUCCCUCCCCUUCCUCCGGGGCCUGGCCCCACCUGCGUCCCCUGUGUCGAGGGGCGGCUGCGGGCUGCCCCUCACUCCUCUCAGUUUCCCCCGACAGAGGCCCCGCUGCAGACGCUUCACAUGGACGUGUGGGGCCCGGCCCGCGUCCGUGGACAGGGUCACGAGCUCUACUUCCUGUUGGUGGUUGACGACUACUCGCGUUACACCACAAUCUUCCCCUUGCGCAGCAAGGGUGAUGUCACUGAGGUGUUGAUCGACUGGAUCCGCGCAGCUCGUCUCCAGCUCAGGAGGAGCUUCGGCUCGGACUUUCCUGUUCUGCGUCUGCACUCUAACCGAGGCGGAGAGUUCUCCUCUGGCCUUCUGCGAGCCUACUGUCGUGUGCGAGGCAUCCGCCAGACCUUUACGCUUCCGGACUCUCCAAAGCAAAAUGGGACUGCUGAGCGCCGCAUUGGCAUGGUCAUGGACGUCGCUCGUACGUCCAUGAUGCAUGCGGCUGCCCCCCAUUUUCUGUGGCCGUUUGCGGUGAGGUACGUGGCGCAUCAGAUCAACCUUCACCCCAGGGUCUCCAUGCCGGAGACCUCCCCAGCUUUGCUGUGGACGGGGAAGGUUGGCGAUGCGUCUGCGUUCCAUGUCUGGGGAUCUCGGGCGUUUGUCCGCGACUUGUCUGCGGACAAGCUGUCCCCUCGUGCUGCUCCUUGCGUCUUCCUUGGCUUCCCCCCUGACGCGCCAGGGUGGCAGUUCUACCACCCCACCUCUCGUGUGUCCCAGGUAGACGCAGUCGAGCCUGUCGAGGUUACUGGUGACUCUGGUGCUGCUGAGGGUGCUGAGCCUGGGGGUGCUGACUCUGGGGGUGCUGAGCGUGUGGGUGCUACGCCUGGGGGUGCUGAGCCUGAGGGUGCUACUACUGGGGGUGCUGAGUACUGA